AUGGUUUCACGCAUUCUACGAGCCACAGCUUUUGCGGCGGCUUGUGUUUCUCUCCCUGCCAGCGAUGCGCCCGAACUGAAAGUGGAUAUCGAUUGGAACAAUGUGUUGAUCGAGUCCAAAACAACAGCCACUUUGCAGUCGGUGGCCAAUCCACCAUUGCUGUCUAACAGUAGCACGCGGGAAAAUGCCCUGAGCUCGCUCAAGUCUGUUGCGGCUGACUAUAUUCGCUAUGUUCCCUGGUUCCCCUAUCCUCGCCUUUCAGUGCCAGAGAUCGACCCGCCCGUUCAGAACGAGACCCAUUGCUCUACCAACUGGGAUUUUACUUAUGCUGACCAACUUCUACUGGACUUCUUGGCCAACACUCCGAAUGUUUCGCACAUUAUAAAUUUCAGCACUACACCUGACUGGAUGUGGGUGACCGACACUCCAUAUGAAUAUCCGGAGGAUGUCAAUACAAUCGACUGGAAUUACAAUAACGGAACUCGACUGCGCGACCCAUCUCUUAAAGAGAUAUCCGAUUAUUAUGCGCGACUUUUGGCAUGGUAUGUCCAGGGUGGUUUCACGGAUGAGUGUGGCGUCUAUCACAAAUCCGGCCAUCAUCUUGACAUUGAGUACUGGGAGAUUUUGAACGAGUCAGACUCUGAGCAUACGAUCAGUCCGGAAUUCUAUAAUCAGAUCUACGACGCCGUUACCGCUGCAAUCCAUAAAGUCUCACCAAAGACGGAAUUCGUUGGUCUUGCUUUGGCUACACGCAAUGUGACUCGCAUCAAGGACUUCCUCGACCCUGCCAAUCACAAGCCUGACACGCCUUUGGACUGGAUCAGCUACCACUUCUAUGCAACUCCAGACAACUCCAGUACCCAAAACGAAGCCGCACAAAGUUUCGAGAUGGCAGACACGUUCCUUGAGGAAGUGGCCGAGAUUGAGGUUGCUCGGAAGGCUAUCUCGCCGUCUACUCGCACCACCAUCAAUGAGUUGGGCACUAUGGACCCCUUGGGCUCUACCGUCAUCUAUGAUAACUAUACCAUUCCGGAUGAGUACUGGGUCUGGAGUGGAGGUAUCUACGCUUACCUCUUCUCCAAGCUCGCCGUGGCUGGUAUCGAUGCUGUCGGAGAGAGCCAAUUAAGCGGUUAUCCCGGUCAAUACCCCUCAGUAUCUAUGAUUUAUUACCAGACUGGCCUUCCUACUGCUCGUUUGCGCGUACUUCAAUUGAUUCAGAACAGUAUCGUGAUUGGUGACAAACUGGUUCAUACUACGAGCGACGAGACCCAACUCCAUGCUCAAGCAUUGGAGGCGGCAGAUGGUACUAAAAAGCUGCUAUUAGUGAACAAGCUGGAUCAAGAACUCUCUAUUCAAGUUGCUGAUUUUCAACAAGCGGCGGCAAAUAUCGUUGAUGUAAGCACCGGAGGUAAUUUUUGGCGCACUGAAGAUGUCAGCGGCAGUAUCCAGCUCCCCGCGUAUGCCGUGGCCAUCAUUACCAUGUCUUGA